AUGGGUAAAUCACAAUCAAAGCUGUCGCCCACUCAGCUCGAUGAGCUGCAACAAGCAACCCACUUCGAUAAGAAGGAGUUACAGCAAUGGUACAAAGGCUUCCUCAAGGACUGCCCUUCAGGCACAUUGACCAAAGAGGAGUUCCAGAAGAUUUACCGACAAUUCUUCCCAUUCGGUGAUCCGUCAUCCUUCGCAAAUUAUGUCUUCCGGGUGUUUGAUUCGGACAACAGCGGAAUGAUCGAUUUCAAAGAGUUCAUUUGCGCGCUCUCGGUCACCUCCCGCGGAAAGAUGGAGGACAAGCUUGAUUGGGCUUUCCAACUAUACGAUAUUGAUGGUGAUGGCAAGAUCACAUACGACGAGAUGCUAGCCAUUGUUGAGGCGAUCUAUAAGAUGGUCGGCUCCAUGGUGAAAUUACCCGAGGAUGAAGAUACACCGGAGAAGCGUGUGCGGAAGAUCUUCCGCAUGAUGGACAAAGACGAGAAUGGCAGCUUGGAUCUUUUGGAAUUCAAGGAAGGAAGUCGUCUUGAUCCCAGCAUAAGUAGUGCUUUGAGCCUCUAUGAUGGUCUUGUUUAA